AUGGGAGAGGCUCUGCUGCCGCGUGCUCAUCCCAGGGAGUUCCUUCCCUAUGGAAAAGGGAUACCCUUGGAGCCGGCCUCUGAGGAGAUGGAAGUCCCUGCUCCCUUCCCGCAUCCCUGCUCCCUUCCCGCAUCCCUGCCCCCUUCCCGCAUCCCUGCUCCCUUCCCGCAUCCCUGCCCCCUUCCCGCAUCCCUGCCCCCUUCCCGCAUCCCUGCCCCCUUCCCGCAUCCCUGCUCCCUUCCCUCCAUCCCUCCCCCCAUCCCUGCUCCCCCCAUCCCUGCUCCCUUCCCGCAUCCCAGCUCCAUCCCAUUCCUGGAUCCUUUAAAACCAGACUCGGUUCAGCACAAGGUGAUCCCUUCACUUGAAGGUGGAAUUCCCGGGCUCCUCCUUCCCCUCUCCACAACAUUCCCAUUAUCCCAGGCUCCAUGCCUGGAGUGGGGGGCUCAGAUCCGCCCCCCUCCCCAUUACUAACCUGUGUGUGGUACUAACCUGAGCUCAAGCAUCCCAUAACUCGGGACAGGGACUGGGAACAUGGAUUUGAAUGGGGGGGGGAGGGGGUCGGUGCCAUUCCCGACUUGGCUGGAAUCUCUCCUGGAAUUCCAGGAUGCCGGCAUCUCUCCCAUGGGUUUUGCCGGUGCAGAGGGGUGAUGGCGAGAAGAGGGAGAGCCACGGCUCCGAGUCCCCUUCCCUCCAUCCCAUGGCUCCCAGCCCCAUGGGAUCCAUGGAAAACUCCCGGCAGAGG